AUGUCUGGUCGUGGGAAACAGGGAGGUAAAACUCGAGCUAAGGCCAAGACUCGGUCAUCCAGAGCCGGCUUGCAGUUUCCCGUGGGAAGAGUUCACCGUCUUCUUCGCAAGGGCAAUUACUCCGAGCGCGUUGGGGCCGGCGCGCCAGUAUACCUAGCAGCAGUGCUAGAGUAUCUGACUGCUGAGAUCUUGGAACUGGCAGGCAACGCUGCCCGUGACAACAAGAAGACUCGCAUCAUUCCUCGCCACUUGCAGCUAGCUAUCCGCAAUGACGAGGAGCUCAACAAACUACUCGGCAAAGUUACUAUCGCGCAGGGUGGUGUCCUGCCCAAUAUUCAGGCGGUGCUGUUGCCGAAGAAAACUGAGAGCCACCAUAAAGCCAAGGGCAAGUAA